AUCUAUUUUACCAUCUCAAAGCAAGAAGGGUCGAGGGGCUGUGUACUUGGUUUUUAACAAAGCCACACUUCAGAAAAUAAGCCCCGGUUAAGAGAUUCGAACUUCGUUGCGGCGCAUAUCAAAAACAGUCGUCGAAGCAGAAGAACAUCAACCCACAAUGUUCGCAACUCUAGUACGAAGGAUGGCUGGGGGGCCUCUACCUUCUAGACUGAGGAAUGCGACAGCGACGCCCUUGGUAGAGGCUUAUAGCAGUCCAUACAAACCCAAGAAGAUCUGGCCGCCAGAUUUCUCCAAGCUCUCCCAAAAGGAACAAUUCCGGUUCGAACGGCGCUACAAGCGGAGGGUAAAGCUUGCGACUGCGCGGCCUCGGUGGGAUAAGCUUGUUCGAUUGACGCAGCUGUUCAGCGUGACUUUUGUCCUGAUUUAUUCUGUCUUGUUUAUGGACUGGCAAACGGAGAACCAGCCGCUCCAAGGGUUCAGAAACAGGUUCUGGAGUGUGCUCGGCGCAUUUUCUCCCGAGCAGAGAGACGAAAGACGAACUCCCGAUAUAGCAGUCAUUGCGAAUUCCAAGUAAAACAUAUCACCUCUAUAUAUUACGAACCUCACAUAGCAUGGUUGGAGUUUGGGGAUGGUGGUUAGGAAUACCCACUCGAUGUGUCAUUUUCACCCCGUAUAAAGUCGGGAUAUUCUACUAUUAAAAGACGAUGCUUCU